GGCAACUCCCGCGCAGGCGUCGGGCGAAAGCUUGCGCGCAAGACUUGACGUCGCAUCACCAGAACUCUUUUUUUUCGAGCAUCCUCGAUCCCGACCUAUCCCCUACGUCCAUCAGCCACGACAUCACCCACAGCCAGCGUGAGCUCAUCGCCCAUCCGCCGCUGCCCUCACAGCCCGUUCCUGUCCACUCCACCGCCCCCGCCACGAUGGGCGACCACGAAGGCCAUGGCCUCGACCAUUCCCGAGACCCAUGUCCGUGGGUGGCAUUAUCAGAUUUCGGCGGUGCCUUUUCCAUGGGCGCAAUAGGCGGCGCAGUCUGGCACGGCAUCAAAGGCUUCCGAAACAGCCCCUACAACGAACGUCUCGUAGGCUCCCUCACAGCAAUCAAAGCCCGCGCGCCCGUGCUAGGCGGCAACUUCGGCGUCUGGGGCGGCCUGUUCAGCACCUUCGACUGCGCCGUCAAAGGCGUGCGGCGAAAAGAAGACCCCUGGAACGCCAUCAUCGCCGGCUUCUUCACCGGCGGCUCGCUCGCGGUGCGCGGCGGCCCGCGCGCAAUUCGCAACGGAGCGAUCGGGUGUGCAAUCCUGUUGGCGGUGAUCGAGGGCGUGGGAAUCGGGUUCCAGCGCAUGAUGGCGGAGAAUACGAGGUUGCAGUUGCCGCCGCCGCCGCCUGGGCAGGGGGAGGGGAGUGAAGGGCGGAUAGCGGCGUGAGGGCGAUGUGAGCAAUGAAGAGGAGGCAUACAUCUGGCAUUUUGAGGGGAGGGUUUGCGAGGCGUUGUUUCCUUUUUUUCCGCGGUGCAUAGCGUGGCGCCGUGGGAUGGUCCCUUUUGAUCGGCAUUGAUGGGUUCAUGUCGGAUUCUACACUCUACUUCGCCCUGUUGUGCGGCACGAACAGACACUUGUAUAUCUAGCUAGAAGACUGCAGAUGCUCUUUAUCUCAAGGCCGGCGAAAGCUGUGCAGUGAUGUACAAAUC